AAGGUCCCCUCUACAGUGCACCGGUGCACCGUGUAUAUAUUCUCGCGAAUUCCUAUUAGCCUUUACAGUUCGCGUUCUUCUUUACACGUUCCCCAGCCAAUCCUCUUGAGCCUUUGCCCUGCUUUCUUUGCCAAAAAGGGUUUUGACUAGGUCUGCCGUUUAAACCGCCCCUUUCUGUUCCGCUUGCUCCUUUACUCCCUUGGGUGAUCAUCUGCUACUGUGACCCUGUGCCUGUACCUGUACCUGUACCUGUACCUGCACCUGUACCUGACCCCUGUCCCCUACCUGACCCUGCUCACAGAGCAUUACAAAGCCUUUGACAUGGCAAACAAAAGCGCACAGACUGUCGUCGAUCGUCAGAUCACGCUAGAGACCACCUUGCCGGGUCCCGUACUCACCGGUGGCCCCGACCAAGCUUCAUCUCCUCUCCUUUCCAACCCCACAUCAGCCUCACACCCACCGCCUGCCCACAGUCAUCAGUCAUAUAACAUCCACCAGCGCGUCCGGCAGCACCAGGGACACCCUGGCGGACGCCUCAACCACUCGCCAUCUAUCCGGCAAUCAUGGCUCUUCCCCACCAACAGAGCAUCGCCCUCAACCGCCUUGCCAGAAACGACCUCGGUCAUGACCCUCAACCAGCGUCCUCACCACGGCCGUACAGAUGCCUCUCCCACAGCUGCUUCGUCCGCCACGGCGCAAAGCGUCCCACCCAGUGUCGUUAUGAACCACAAAGAGCGCAGGAAUUUCAGCGGGAGUGCACGUUCACGACUGACCAAGAUCGACCGACUUAGUAAAAUGAUGCUCAACCCAAACUCAUCUAUACCCACUCUGGCUGACGGGUCCCCCGCAGUCUUUGCCAAUUCAACCUCACGGAGGCGGGCACGGCUCAGUCUGCAACCCCAGAAGGUCACCCCUACAGAGACAUCGCUCUCUUCUACUACCUCAGCUCAGACAUCUGAUCAAAUCUCGCGUUCAACAUCGCAUUCGUCCACAGCAGUGUCUCUUUCCUCCGUCGUAUCAUCCAUCCCUCACAGCAGCAAUAGUUACCCCCGUCAUAUCGUCAUGCGAUCCACCUCUCCUCAUCGGACUAUCGAAGAUCAUUUGGACGAUACCGCCGCGACGGACUCAUUCUCAUCGUCCUUGCCUUCCACGUCAGCCUUCGCUGCUGGCGUGGAUCCUUCACACAACAGCGAGUCCUUCACACCUGAAAACCCAGAGAAAGCUAAUAGACAUGCAUCGAUGCCGCUGCCCAAGCCUGGAUGGAGACUGUACGAUCUUCCAGACGUUGACGAGACCGAUUCACAGACCGAUCAGGGCGAUAGGUUGAACUCAGCCAACGGCGAGGAGCGCUUCCAGUACUCGGCAUCGAACGCGUCGUCAACGACCAAUCUGGAGAAUCACUCCUGUCAAUACCAUGCCACUCACACUCGCCAGAACUCGACCAGUACUUUUUACACCAUGACCCCGAAUGCCUCCUCCUUGGAUUUGUCUCAGCCACCUUCGAACCAGAUGAAUCAGAGCUCGAUUGAUCCAUUGACAGUAACAUCGUUCGAAGGGCUGUCUCAGAGCCCGAGUACCUUUAGUCUACCACCACCAGCCCCCAAGGCGAUCAAGAACACAAAGUCUCCUCUGGCCCUACGGAGAUCCUCGACCUUGUCCACCUGCUCAACGUCGCCGAUCAAUUCGCCCUUCAACAAGGGAUCGUUCCCAAAGUCGUCGCUUCUGUCUAGCACAGUUUAUAGCAACAAGACACUGACGGAAGAACGUCAAAAGAUUAUCUUGGAAAUCUUGAGGACGGAGCGAUCGUAUGUGGACGGGCUUGUGGUCCUGCAGACCCUGUUUUACGAACCCUUGAAUGCACCGUACUCAAGCGGGAACAACUCGGGCAUGAACACAACUACUGGCUUCAACCUAAACAAUAGCGCCAAUGCCAGCGGGUCGUGUGCAGGAGCAGGAGCAGGAACAGGCGCAGCUACGGGUGCUCCCUACUAUGCCUCAUCGACUGUGGGAUUCAACUCGACGCUACCAGCCUCGGCAGUACCUCUGCUCUCAAAGAAGUCGGUCGGGGAGAUCUUUUCCAACUUUUCAGAGAUUUUGCAGAUCAACACGCUGCUUCUCACACAGCUCGAGACCCGGAUUUGCGGAACGACUUUUUCAACAGGCUGGGAGAGUGAUGAGGAUGAGACUGACGAGACCAGGGACCAGGAAGGCGAUGAAGGCAGCCAGCGCUCAUCAAAGAAUCGUCGUGGUGCGAAACAAAAGCUGGAGCAGGUUAUGGUCACUGUUGGUACUCAGGGAGGUGAGCAGGAGCAAAUGUUGGUACUGGAUACAGACUGGAGUGUCGGCGAUAUCUUUAUCGAAAUUGCUCCGUUCCUUAAGAUGUAUUCCAACUACGUCAAGACCUAUACCUCUGCUCUCACUCACAUCAACGACUGCAUGAGCCGUAACGAGCGCUUUACAGAGUUUCUCAAGGCCACUGCGAAAAAACCAGAGUGCAAGAGUCUUGACUUUCAGGCUUACUUGAUGCUCCCUGUUCAGAGAAUCCCACGAUACCGUAUGCUCCUCGAGAGUCUCUUGCGCCAUACCCCCGACGACCACCCAGACCAUCGCAAGCUCCAGACCGCGUUCGAAUCAAUGGAGCAGACAGCCAACUUUGUGAACGAGACAAUUCGCCAGCAUGAGAUGUUUGUGGAGAUGGUCAACCUUCAGUCUAGGAUCACGGGCAUGUCUGAACCGCUCGUCAUUCCUGGUCGCGUGCUUCUGAAGCGCGGGAACGUCUGGAAGGUUUGUCGCCGCAAUAUCCAGCUCCGGGAGAUCAUCUUGUUCUCGGACUGUAUUGUGUGGACGAGCCCCAGCAUGAACCCGUUGGAUGACACACUGACAUUCCAUCGCAAAGUCGGGCUUGAGAACAGUACGGUCAUUGGGGCCGAGGACCCGGAUCCGACCAAGAAUGCCUUCCAGAUUAUUAGCCCCGAGAAGUCGUCGCAGGUCUAUGUCGAUACGCCGAAGGAGAAGGAGGCCUGGAUGGUAGCGAUCCGUAGGGCUACACAGGAAUAUCUCUCGGCCAAAAGGACCCUCAAAAUCUCGAUCACGCCGAUGCAGAGUAUCAGUGCUGCGGCUACGAGCUUUGGGGCGGGACUGCUACGACGUGAGGCCGGAUUGUGGUCUCCGACAUCGUUUGGUAGCGAAUCGAGAAUGAAUACGUUCAGCAGCCCCAUGAGCCCCGAUUCAGAGGUUCCGGGCGCCUUUGGAACCUGGCCAGUGGUAGAUGGAGGAUACCAGAAUGCAGCGGCGCAGAAGCAGCAGCAGCAACCGAUGCGGGUGGUGGAGAAUUAUAACGCGCCGGUUUGGGUGCCGGAUCACUCUGCGACUCGAUGCAUGAUUUGCACUGAGGAGUUUGGAACCAUCUUUAGGCGGAAGCAUCAUUGUCGCGCCUGCGGAAAAGUGGUUUGCCACUCAUGUUCCUCUCGAACAAUUCUGAUCAAAGGUACUGGCAAUCAUUCUGAAAAGGUUGGCAGAGCAUGCGACGACUGCAUUGAUAGCAUGUUCCCGGAGGAGGCGGAAUUCUCCCAGCCUAUUGUUGCCAACCAGAUCUCGCAAGAGCUUUUGCCGACUGUUGAACAACAACAGCGUAGGGCUGAGGGUGAGAUUGCCCGUCGUACGAGUAACCAAAGCCUAGACGGUGUCAUGAUCCGGCCUGAAGACUAUGCACAGGAGGCAGGCGCAUCGAUUGGUGCCACGGGGAUGGUUCGAGGCUUUGUCGAGGCGGGACUCAAUCGGGUAGGUUCAUAGUCCUGAGAGCUAUUACCGAUAUGAGAGCACCAUGGUUCUAGUGGUCAUACUCUGACCGUCUAUGUUUUGCUUUUCUGUUGUAUGCCUUGUAGAUGAAAAGCCGCUCGGGCCACGACAACAUUCUGGGUACGGAAGCCAAUUCGGGAGAGAAUACGCGUGCCUAUAACCGUAGGUCCGGUAGCCAUUUUGCGAACGGGGCGGAUAACAACGCAACUCAGGUUAAGGAAUGUGGUCUCUGCAGGACAGAGUUCAGCAUGUUCAAAUGGAGGAAUGUCUGCUCGCAGUGCCGCAGAGUUGUUUGCUCCGAUUGCCUGACUAAGAAACAAAUCGAUCAACUAUUCUUGAUGGGUCUCCAAGCAGAACGGGAGGCGAAAGCCC